AUGGCCAUCAUCACACGGAGGGGAGAAAGGGAGGCAGGGGAGAGAAAGCGAAAAGAAAAAGCCAGCAAGCAAGCCUGUACAAAAUGCAAGCACUCGAGGUUCACAGUCGUGAGGGUUGUCAAGCUCCAGGGACCGGGUGAGGCGUCAUUUUCAAUAAACUCCAUGGUCAACGGUUAUGCCGCAUCAUUUUCCCCUGUUUCAAGGAUCUCCGUGUGGCGUGGAGUGUCUGUGUUCAUUUUGAGUUCUGCUCCUUUCCCCAGUGGAAUUAACGAUAACCUUUCACAUUGCAAUCGGAACAAUGGAAUUGGCGUCUCACCUGUCAUAAUCUGGCAGGGUAUGGGUUCUUUGACUUUUCUCGCCGAUGAUCUCCACGCAUACCCACCGACCAAGGUGACAGAUCACAAAUGGCCACCCUUCCAGUUGAUGGGAUUCAAUAAUUGA